AUGGACGCCUCCUCCCUCCGCAUCUCCAAGUUCGAUGGAACUAACUUCCACGCCUGGAAGUUCAAGAUACAGAUGGUGCUGGAGGAACGGGACCUAUGGGAGGUCGUCAGCGGUGAGAUCAAGGCGGAACAGUGCGAGACUCAGUUGGACCAAGCGACGUACAAGAGGAAGUCAAGAAAGGCGAUGGCAGUGAUCUGUCUAGCCAUGGAAGAUUCCCAGCUACCGUCGGUCCGGUCGGCAAGUGGUGCAUGCGACGCAUGGUCAAGGUUGGAAGACCACUUCGAGAAGAAGAGUCUUGCCAACAAGCUGUUCUUGCGCCGUCGCUUCUUCACGACAAUGAUGGAAGAAGGCGACGAUGUACUCGAACACAUCAACAAGCUCAAGACGCUGGCGGAACAGCUAGAAGCGGUGGGGGCUCCAGUCUGCGAGGACGAUCUGGUGAUCACACUUCUCGGCAGCCUGAGUGACUCGUAUCAAUUCUUGAUCACAGCUUUGGAGUCGCGCUCAGACACUCUUAGCUGGGAGCUCGUGACGUCUCGACUGCUUCAUGAAGAAAUGAAGCGGAGGGAGCAAGGAAGUAAAGGUGAUGAAGCUUCGCAAGGUCAAGCGUUCAUCACAAGGGACAAUCAGCGCAAAGGGCGACCACGUGCUCAAGACAGCGGCGACCGCUAUCGAUCACAACGUGCAAACGUCGCUCAAGAAGAAGACUCGGGCGACUACCUCUUUUCGAUCGGUGAAACGACAUCUGCGAAAUCGAGCGACAUCUGGCUGGUCGACUCCGGGGCGACGCAGCACAUGACGUGCUCCAAGAAGUUCAUGCGGAACUACAAGGGGUUUGACGCUGUGGAUGUCCAUCUCGCGGAUGAUGGAAUCGUCCAAGCAAUCGGCAGUGGGGACAUUGUCAUGUCGAUGAAGACACCCCAAGGGAUGAAGAAAGGUGUGCUCACAAACGUGUGGCACAUCCCAAAGUUAUCCAGAAACCUGUUCUCGGUCGGCCGCUUCACCAAGGAUGUCGGCCCAGUGACGUUCACGAAGGAUGGGUGCUAUGGAGAAGCGAAAGGGACCAAGUGGAAAAUUGGUGCCCGUGAAGGUAAAGGACUGUUCAAGCUGCAAAUGACUCCAGUGGCGCCAGAACAAGCAAAUGCAGCCAAGUCGUCGGGAUGUCAAGGGGGCACCAAGUCGUACCUCUGGCACCUUCGGCUUGGCCACAUAGGUCACGAUGGACUCAAUUGCAUCGUGACGAAGAACAUUGGAAUUGGCAUCGACAUAUCUUCGGUGAAGAAGUGGGACGUGUGUGAAGGUUGUGCUCUGGGAAAACAGACUCGAGUGUGCUUCCAAUCAAACACUACAGCUCGCACCUCCAAACUCCUCGAAGUGAUUCACAGCGACGUAUGCGGACCGAUGUCGAUGGCAACUUUCAGUGGAAAACGGUACUUCGUGACAUUCAUCGAUGACAAGUCAAGAUACUGUGUCGUCUAUCUGCUCAAGAGCAAAUCUGAAGUUGCGGCGAAGUUCAUGGAAUACGCUGCGAUGGCCGAAACGCAAACCGGAAAGCGCGUGAAGUACCUUCUGUUGAAUGAUGAAGAGCUUGACGACCGAAACUGGGAGGGAUGCUGA